GCCGCUGCCACGCUGUGGACGAUAAGAAGGCUUACAUCUCAACUAGGCACUGUAUGACAAUGUCGGCAAUGAAGCUCCUCACUUCAAUCGCCGCGCUUUGCCUAUUGCCGACUUCGCAUGCUUGCGUCCGAGAGCGCGAGUUCCAUAGCCAUGGCCUGACGAAGAGAUCUGUGACGCCGCGGGCAGAGCUGAGCCCGGACGAGCAACUCAUUAUCGAUUCCUUUGAUGCCAAUGAGAUCUCAGACUGGAGUUAUUACUACACUCACGGCAACCAUAUUGCCGGCAAGAACGAGUCCCAAGCCCAAUGGACUGCAGAUCGGUGGGCGGAAGCUGGCUUCACCACUCGCCUCGACGCCUAUAACGUGUAUCUCAACUAUCCUGUCAGCAGAUCUCUCGCCUUGACAUGGCCCAAUGGCACGCAAUAUACUCCUUCACUGGAGGAAGCUGUGCUGGAGGAGGAUGAUACGUCGAGCUAUCCGGACCGGAUUCCUAUUUUCCAUGGCUUCUCGGCCAAUGGCGACGUGACAGCCGAGUACGUGUAUGUUGGAAGAGGUCAGCAAGUCGAUUUUGAGCGACUCAAGGCGCUCGGUGUACCCCUCGAAGGGAAGAUCGCGUUGGCUCGCUACGGAGGUCCUUUCCGAGGUCUCAAGGUCAAAAAUGCCCAGGACAAUGGCAUGAUCGGAGCUGUUCUAUUCACCGAUCCAGGAGAUGACGGCAACAUCACAGUUGCCAAAGGCUAUGCUGCCUACCCUGAUGGGCCAGCUCGUAACCCCACAGCUGUGCAAAGAGGAUCCGUACAGUUCUUGAGCACAUAUCCAGGAGAUCCAACGACUCCCGGCUAUCCGUCUCGCAAGGACUCACCACGUGCUGAUAAGGGAGCUGUUACUCCGCGCAUCCCCAGUCUUCCAAUUUCCUAUGCCGAGGCUCAACCACUUCUUGCGGCGUUGGAUGGCUAUGGCACAAAUGGGUCGGCGGUGAACAGGACCAAUUGGGUGGGCGCACUGAACGCGACGUAUUCGACUGGACCUGCGCCUGGAGUUACACUGCAUCUCACCAACCAAAUGGAGGAUGCAUACACUGACAUCUGGAACGCCAUCGGCAUCAUCAACGGCACGAGCUCCGACGAAGCUAUCGUCAUUGGCAACCAUCGAGAUGCCUGGAUCGUUGGUGGUGCUGCAGACCCCAACAGCGGAACAGCUGUCAUUGUCGAGCUAGGCCGUGUCUUCGGCAAGCUUCUUGCGCAAGGCUGGAAGCCAAAGCGUACCAUUGUGCUCGCAAGCUGGGACGCUGAAGAAUAUGGCUUGAUCGGAUCGACAGAGUGGAUGGAGGAGUACUUGCCAUGGAUCAAGAAGUCCGUUGUUGCCAACCUCAAUAUCGAUGUUGCAGUCUCUGGUCCUCAUCCCGAUAUCUCGGCCACUCCGGAGCUGCACCGCAUUGCUCAGGACCUCAUGAAGAAAGUCCUUUGGCCCGCUCUCGAAGGCAAUUCGACGAUGUAUGAUGUCUGGAGCCACGACACCAACCGAACGGUUGGUGUGCUUGGUUCUGGGAGUGACUACACGAGCUUCGUCCAUCGUGGAAUUGCUGCGAUUGAUAUGGGUGCAAAUCCUGGACCAACUGACCCGAUCUACCACUAUCACAGUAACUUCGAUUCUUACAACUGGAUGAGCAAGUUUGCGGAUCCUGGAUUCCUGGCACAUAAAUCGAUGGGCCAGUACCUCGCUCUCCUUGCUUACCACUUGGCUUCCGAUGACCUCCUGCCUCUUGAGCCCAUCAACUACGCCGAUCAGAUGCAGAGAUACUACCAGGCCCUCCAGUACACCAUCGGCAACUCAUCGAGAGUCGACUUCGAUGUCUCAAGUCUGCAGGAUGCCAUCUCGACGUUCCGCACUCAAGCGCAAGAGGCCGCCGACUUGGCUCAGCUCGCCAUCAGCAGCAACAAUUCGGAGCUUCUCCAAGUCGUCAACGCCAAGUACCGCGACUUCCAGCGCGGAUUCACCUCGCAAGGCGGAUUACCUACGCGGGAGUUCUACCAGCAUUUGAUCUUCGCUCCAGGCCUGGAUACUGGGUAUGCGCCCGUGACCUUCCCCGGUGUGACGGAAGCAGUGGAGAGAGAUCAAUGGGAGGUGGCACAAGACUACCUCGAGAGGACCGUCAGGGCUAUCGAGGUGGCCGGAAAUAUUCUGAAGACUUGAUGAGUAGACCCCGACACUUGCGGGUGGCAAGGAAAAAGUAGACAUGAUAAUGAAAACCUGGAGUCUCGCAUGUCGGUGGUGUAGCGCCUUGUAUGUCGGUUGACGACUACUUCGGAGUGACAAGCUGCAUCGAUCGCGGGCAGAGCUUGCUAUUAGUACCGCC